GUAGGUGACACAUCCUUCGAUCUGCCAGAAGCCAACGUUCUGAUUCAGAUAUCGUCCCAUGGUGGGUCUCGAAGACAGGAGGCUCAAAGACUGGGACGAGUGCUGAGAGCCAAAAAAGGCAUGGUUGCAGAGGAAUACAAUGCCUUUUUUUAUUCUCUUGUAUCCCAAGACACUCAGGAGAUGGCAUAUUCAACAAAGCGACAACGGUUUCUUGUAGAUCAAGGUUAUAGCUUCAAGGUAAUAACAAAGCUUGCAGGCAUGGAAGAAGAAGAACUUUCGUUUUCAUCCAAAGAAGAACAGCAGCAGCUUCUCCAGAAAGUCCUGCAGGCAUCUGACCUGGAUGCUGAGGAGGAAGUAGUCGCUGGAGAAUAUGGUUCAAAGUCAGCUCAGGUGUCACGUCGUGCGGGCACCAUGAGCUCUAUGUCAGGAGCAGAUGAUACGGUUUACAUGGAAUACCACUCUUCACGGAGUAAGGCAUCUUCAAGUAAACACAUCCAUCCACUAUUUAAACGCUUCCGGAAAUGAUGUCCUUCACUUGUGCAUUUUGUUAAAAAUGUGGAUUCAUGUACCUGUUUACAUAACUGAAAAUACAGAGUUGAAAUUUCUGACAAAUCCUUUAAAAGACUUUUUUUUAUAUGCAUCUAUAUAGCCACAUAUUACUUAGCAAUAUAUGUGCUUUCAUGAGUGAAUAUGAAAGAAAAAAGGAAGUAAAUCUUACCACAGGAAAGAUAUUAUCCAGUGACUGGAUCCUGGUUAUACCUGUCUGGUUUUCAGGGUAAUUAAUAGAAUUUAUUUUUAUUAGCUGAAGACCCUUUUUCAGAAGAAUUCUGGAAAGGUUUUGUAAAUUAAGUUUGUACUGAUGUUUGAAAUAUUAUUUAUCUGAUUAUUGU